UUUCCUCUGUGCCUUUCUGAGUAUCUCUGUUGCAAGGAUGCCUCACAUGAACCACUCCAUGAUGUCAGCCACACAUCCUCCUGAACAUCAGCACUCAACAGCAGCCCCAGCACAUGGCCAUGGAUCUGGCAUGAUGGUAAUGGCAAUGACUUUCCACUUCAGCUAUGAGAAUGUGCCAUUGCUGUUUUCUGGACUUACCAUCAAUUCUCCUGGAGAAAUGGCUGGGGCCUUCGUGGCUGUCUUCUUCCUGGCCAUGUUCUAUGAGGGGCUGAAGAUCGCCCGGGAGUGCCUGCUGCGCAAGUCCCAGGUCAGCAUUCGCUACAACUCCAUGCCAGUGCCAGGGCCCAACGGCACCAUCCUGAUGGAGACUCACAAGACUGUAGGGCAGCAGAUGCUGAGCUUCCCUCACCUCCUGCAGACUGUCCUGCACAUCAUUCAGGUGGUGGUCAGUUACUUCCUGAUGCUGAUCUUCAUGACCUACAACGGGUACCUGUGUAUCGCGGUGGCCGCGGGGGCAGGCACAGGCUACUUCUUCUUCAGCUGGAAGAAGGCUGUUGUGGUGGACAUCACAGAGCACUGCCAUUAA